ACCAAGUCACCAACUCAUCUCAUCUCAUUCACUUCCACCUUCUCAUUCUUUUGUUCACCACAUCUCUAUAUAAACCCCUUACCCUCUUCACUAUAUCACCCACUCAUCUCAAUCUCAUUACUCACUCAACACUUUUUUCUUCUUCUUUCCUUUCACCUAUUUCAAUGGCUUUAGAGUUACAAGCUAUGAAUUCUUCUCCAACAACACAAGCUCCUAUUCCAUUCCCAAUCUUCAAAAACCAAUCAGAGAAUCAAAAGAAUCUUGACCAGCACGAACACGACUCUUUGGUUAAGAAGAAACGAUCUAAACGACCGCGGAUUGGGAAUCCACCCACCGAAGAAGAAUAUCUCGCUCUUUGUCUCAUCAUGCUCGCACAAGGGAACACCAACAACACCAUCAACAAGAGUCGAUCUCAACAACAAGAAUCAUCAUCUUCACAAUCGCAAUCACAGCAACAACAACAACAUCAAAACUCUCCGCCACCACCACCACCGCCUGCGAAGCUGAAUCACAGGUGCACCGUCUGCAACAAAGCUUUCCCUUCUUAUCAAGCACUCGGUGGCCACAAAGCCAGCCAUCGCAAAUCCUCAUUAGAAAACCAAUCCACCGCCGUCAACGACAGCGUCAACGUCUCAACUGUCACCACCACCGGAAAGAUGCACGAGUGUUCCAUCUGUCACAAGAGUUUCCCCACUGGUCAAGCUCUUGGUGGACACAAACGCUGCCACUACGAAGGAGGUAACAACAACAGCAACAACAACAAUCACAAUAUCAGUAACAGCAACGCCAACGCUAAUAACAGCAGUAACAUCACAAUCUCCGACGUCACCGCCGCGUCCUCUUCCAUCAGCCACCGUGGCUUUGACCUCAACCUACCCGCACCUCUCACUGAAUUCUGGUCUCCGGUAGAAUUCACCGCUGGUGAUUCCAAGAAGAACAAAAUUAACGUCAAUCUCGCCGGAAACGGUGAACAAGAGGCGGAAAGUCCGUUACCGGUAACCGCCAAACGGCCUCGUUUGUUUUCGGAUGAAGACAAUGACGAAACGGCGUAGCUUUAUUCACACACCGUAAAAUUAUUUUAUUUUUAAUUAAAUUGAAUUGAAUUUGUUGUUAUAUAGUGCAGUGAAUAUGAAUCGCACAUAUUCUAGCACGCACUAGCUAGUUUUCAAUUUCUUGUUUUUAUUUUCUUUUAAAUUAAAUUGGGUUGGGGAAUUUUGGAUUAGAUUUUGUUUUGUUCUUAAGUUUAAUCUUUAUCUGUACAGACAAAAUUUAUUCAUUGCUAUUGGAUUCGUCACUUUCAUACUCA